AUGGCCUUCUACCGCUCUGGCUACGGCGGGGGCCUCGGCGGCGCGGGCGGCGCCUACGGCGGAGGCGGCGGCCUCGGCUCGGGGCUCUUUGGAAGCUACGGUGGCGGCCUCGGCUCGGGGCGCUUCGGGAGCUACGGCGGCGGCCUUGGCUCUGGGCUCUUCGGAGGCUACGGCGGGGGCCUCGGCGGCGCGGGUGGCGCCUGCGGCCCGGGCGGCGCCUACGGCGCGCACGGUGCUGGCGCCGGUGGCUGCACGGGGUGCUGCGCUGAGGCCACCGCGUGCAUGGGCUGUGGCCCCGCCUGCGGCGCGACCUGCGCCGACUCCUCCGGCUGCGGGGCGGGCGGUACCACCGUGCUGAGCUACGUGGGCCCAGGGGGUGACUACGCCCAGGAGACCACCUACAGGUACGUGGGCACGGGCGCGGGCGAGUUCGGCGUGAUCCGCAUCCCUGGGCGCGGCCCCAACUGCUGCCUGUGCCUGCUCCUCCCUCUGGGGCUGUCGCUGCUCCUGCUGCCUCUCCUGCUCUUCGCGAUGGCGCCAGGCUUGACGACGACGACCACGACGACCACGACCACCACCAGGCCGUACAUUCCGCCGAGCACGGCGCCGCCCGACACCACCACGACCACCGAGAAGACGACCGCCAGGCCGCCUCCGCCGCCGCCGCCGCCCCCGCCGCCCCCGCCGCCUCCGCCGCCUCCGCCCCCGCCCCCACCCACGACGACGGAGAAGAGGAUCGACUGCCAGCAGGGCGACGCCAUGAGUUGGGACAUCCCGAAGAAGGUCUUCUGCUGCCUACACGUGGGCAAGGGGUGCCCCACGACGCCGCCCGCGCCCAGCACCAUGCCCGCGCCAGUGCCAGUGGUCACCACCUCGCCCUGUCCGAUCGACUGCAACGCUGGUUACAACGACUUGGAUCCUUUGCAGUGGGUCCGCGGCUGGUCUGGCCAGAAGAAGCUGUACUGCUGCAGGACCGCCAACAGGGGCUGCCCCUCGGAGCUGCCUCCGCCCUCGGGGCUGCCGCCGUCCAACGCUCCGGCGGAGCCGGACAGGAGCGUGUACGACUGCGACGCCGGCUACCACCACUGCAUGCAUUGCCUGGAGCUCUCGUGGUCGCCGAGGAAGAUCCAGUACUGCUGCGCAAACUUCCACAAGGGCUGCAGGGGCGAGGAGCCAGCGUGA